AGCAGACUAAAACCGGAGAACAUUUUCGCUUCACGGACUCUUAAAACAAAUGCACCAGCAGCAUUGCACGCACUAACUGCGUCUUCUCGCAGCUUAGUUUGCGAGCACUUUGCGCUGCGUUUACUGACGCUCAGAAUCUAGAGUUGCGCUCCACCUCUGUCGGGUCUCGGCACUGAGAAAGACUGUUUUGACGGAAACCACGUGACCGUCUCCUUCUCGUAGGACGUCCCCUCCUGUCUCCUGAGUCCACAACAAACAAGUCACACAGAUAAGAAGGCUAAAAGUAUCCUUUCGUGGGCACUGACUCCUGGAACUUGACAACGUGACAGUGUUUAUAUCCACGGGGUGUUGUCACACAGCUCACUCCACGGGAGUCGGUGAUUAUUGUUCGUCAUUCGUCUUGGGAAAACUUCAUAUUAAGAUACUUAAGCUGAUGGGAUAGGAUGAUGGCUUCUACGUCAACGUUGUCUGGAGGAACCAUAACGUCUGAGUCCGAGACCUCGACUCUCCAAGGCAUCGACGCCUUGAAGCUGAAGGUAGGGCCGGUGAGGAGAAACCUCUUCGGCCCUGUUGACCACCAGCAGCUAAAGCAGGACUUCCAGCAGCUUCUCCGCAUGAGCGUGGAGGUUGCCAACAAGCGCUGGAACUUUGACUUCCAGAGAGACGUGCCAGGAGAGGGCGCCAACGUGGAGUGGGUGGAGGUCGGGUGCCAGGACGUGCCGGCGUUUUACCGGAGCUGCUUGGUGAGGCCCGGGGUGUUGGCCAGAAAAAUCACGAGGAGCACCUCAACGUCGUCGAUGGAGGAAGACAGCUCUCCUGUCUCUGAGAGCUCGUCUGGGGAAGAGUACCUGGAAGUGACCACUAGAGGGAGCUACUCACUUCGGCGGCUGGGAAAACGCAGACAAUCUGCAAUCACAGAUUUCUUUAAGGUGAAGAAGAGGAAACUCAUGCCCCGCAAAGCUUCUUCUCAGCAGUAGAAAAGUU